GAGUUGUCAUCUCGCGCCCACCCACAACGCGCAUGCGUAUUAUGCCCAUGACUCCGCCCCCCGACCCCGCCCCCCGAUCUGCUCUGCUCUCACGCAGUGCUUGUUUCUUGCUCGGUUUCUCUCCUGAACUAACUGGAGCCGCUCACUAUGAUUAGGUUCAUUCUGAUUCAAAACCGCGCCGGAAAGACACGACUGGCCAAGUGGUACAUGCACUUCGAGGACGAUGAAAAGCAGAAGCUGAUCGAAGAAGUUCACGCGAUUGUAACCGUGAGAGACUCCAAGCACACGAACUUCGUUGCUUUUCGAAACUUCAAGAUUGUGUACAGACGAUAUGCCGGCCUCUUCUUCUGCAUAUGCGUCGACCUUGACGACAACAACCUAGCCUACCUGGAAGCCAUCCACAACUUUGUGGAGGUAUAUAUGGUGUGCCAGUGUAUUUUUCUCUCACCUUCACAUAAUUACCCUGGACAGGUGCUAAACGAGUUCUUCCACAAUGUGUGUGAACUAGACCUGGUGUUUAACUUCUACAAGGUGUAUGCUGUGGUGGAUGAGAUGUUUUUGGCUGGAGAGAUUCGGGAGACGAGUCAAUCAAAAGUUCUCACACAACUCAACUACCUCAACACACUGGACUGACACAUCUUAGAAUGAAGACACAAAGAUAAUGAUUUGUGGUUCUGUCCUUAGAUGUUCUUUAGUUGUGCCAUGAGGUCUUGUAUGUCAGUUUCUUUACUGAUAUCCACACUCUCCUGCAAACUAGGCACCAUCAAAUUUCCACAAAUUGACUGCACAGAUUUCACCUGAUCAACAGAAGGCGAU